GGCCAUUUUCACUGCUCUUUCAAUCAGGUUAGCAGGGAACUAGAUUGGAAGUGGAGCAGCAAGGACUCAAGUCCUCUGUUUACAUGGGAUGCCAGCAUUGAUGGUGGAGGCUUAGCCUGCUGGAUCACAAUUCUGGUGACUAUUGCAGGUUCUGAAACAAAUCUCUAAGCAUUUUUCUCAGUGAGUCACAAAUGCAGAUUGUACUGCAGACAUUCCCAGGUUCUCUUUUUGGGCAAAUAAUUCCAUUGCUUUCAUUUAAUUAUGUAUAAUGUCAUUUCAAAUGUUUAUCAUUUGAAUGUUUUGGGCAAGUAUUUCCAUUGCUUUCACUUUAAUUAGGUAUAAUGUUAUUUCAAUUGUUUAUCACUAGAAUAAUCAUAGACAAGGGCAAAAGCUAAUUUGUAUUCUUUGUCUUACCUGUAUUUUCUCUCUUACUUAAAAAUAUUUAUUAGCUUGAUAGAGAAAAAAGUUGAUGGACUGAGAGAUAGAGAGCUUUGACACAUUAAUUCACUUCCUAGAUAACCAUACCAAACAGGUGGGGCAGGACUGAAGCCAGGAUUGAGGAAUGGAAUCUAGGCCUCCUUCAUUGGUGACAUCACCAUUGCUUCCCCAGGUUUGCAUUAUCUGGGAGCUAGAAACUAGAGCUGGCAUUGGAAAUCACAGACACUCUGAGGUGGCAUCAUAAACAACACUAAGCUAAAUGUCUGCCCUGUCUUUUAAUAUAUUUUUCCUCUGACAUAUUGGAAAUGAUAUGCAUGGUGUUUUCCUGGAAAUUGUUUUCUGUUCAUUCCCAUCGUAGUUUCACUGAUGGUUUCUUGCCUUUUUUCUCAAUGCUUCUACAUACUUCUCCUUAACAUUGCCCAGUCAAGAGUCAGUAUUGCCCCUCUUCUAGCCUGCUGUGCAAUUCCCCUUGACAGAUGUGGCCUUUGUGAUUUGAACCUCCUGUUUCCCUCCAGCUUGGGCAUGUCUCACAGCCUGUAGAUCAUGGGUUUGACUCUGUUGAAUGCUCCGUGUGGCUUUCUAAACACUCCACAAGUCUAAUGUGAAACCAUAUCCUUCCUUUUUUCCUUCAUAUCCAUACACAACUGUCAGUGUUUAUUUUGUGACAGAGUUAACAUGUUGACUGGAAGUGUAUUAUUAUAGGUGAUGACAGCAUUUGAAGACCUGGCUGUGUACUUUACAUGGGAAGAAUGGCAGAAAAUGAACAAUGCUCAGAAAAUCCUGUACAGAGAUGUGAUGCUGGAGACCUACAGCAGCCUGUUCUCCUUGGGGCACUGCAUUACCAAACCUGACUUGAUCUUCAAGUUGGAGCGAGGAGAAGAGCCAUGGAUGGUGGAUGAAUGCUUGAAUCUGAGCCUUUCAGUGGUCAUGAAAAGGGAUGACCUGAUUAGGAUCAACCAGGAAAGUCAGGACAAAAAUCUGAAUCAGGAUUUUAUGAAAAAUAACAAGACAUCAGCUCUCAAGAGAAUUGAAUUAAGAAAACACUUAGUUUAAAUUCAAGCCAUGUUCCAACACUGAUUAUUAAAAAGGGAAUCUAUUCAGGAUUGAAGCCUGAGGAAUGCAAUAAAUGUCACACUGUGUAUCCCCCCAGUGGGCCUGAUCAACUACAGGCUGGAGAGAAAUUUGAUAACACUAAGAUACCUGGAAAAUCUCUCCAGUUCUGUGAGCCUCUUAGCCAGCUUGACAAUAUUCACAUCAUGAAGCAGCCAUUUGGACCCACUGGACAAGCAAAAGUCUUCACAAGAAAGAUGUUCUGUAAAUCUGAGAGGGUUCAUAUGGCAGAAAACUGUAAUAAGUCAACUGUCACUUUUGGAAAAGCAACGCAAAUAGAAAAAGCUAUCCAUGAAAAUUCUAGCCUCAAUAUGCAUCAACAAACUCACACAAGAAAGAAAUUUUAUAAGUACAUUAUGUAUGUUGAACCUGUCAUUCACCAGUCACAUCUUGCAAUAAA